UAGUAAAACAUGAAUGCAAAGUCACUGACUGUAAAGGGGAAAAUACAAAAUGUGUAGAGGCUGGCAGCGAUUUCACUUGUGAGUGUAAGGAUGGUUUUGUACCAAGAGAUCUUAGUAAAAAAGGACAAAAAGAUGCCGUGUGCAUUGCAACGAACCAUGUAUGCAGAGACACUGACUGUAAAGGAGAAAAUACAAAAUGUGUAGAGGCUGGCAGCGAUUACACUUGUGAGUGUACGUAUGGUUUCGUACCAAAAGAUCUUAGUAAAAAAGGACAAAAAGAUGCCGUAUGCGUUGCGAACUAUGUAUGCAAAGAAUCUGACUGUGAAGGAGAAAAUACAAAAUGCGUAGAGGCUGGCAGCGGUUACACUUGUGAGUGUAAGGAUGGUUUCGUGCCAAAAGAUCUUAGUAAAAAAGGAACAAAAGAUGCCGUCUGCAUUGAAGUAAUUCAUGAAUGCAAAGACACUGACUGCACUGGAAUGAAUACGGAAUGUGUAGCAAAUGGCAACAAAUAUACUUGUGAGUGCAGAAAUUAUUUCAAGCCAAAGGAUGAAGCUAAGAAAGGACAAAGGGAUGCGGACUGCAUUGAAAAAAAUAGAUGCGACCUCGGAGAGUUUUCGUGUCCCUUGCCAGACAGGGCUAAAUGUGUGAUGAUAGGAAAUGACGAUUAUUAUUGUGAGUGUCUUCCUGGCUACGUACCCAGAGAAGGUGAAGUAAAGAAAAAUAAAGGCCCGUGUACAAAAAGUGCAUACAGGUGUGAAGAUGGCGAUUGUCCAGGUGCAAAUACAAAGUGCGUCCCGGAUGGGAAUACGUAUAAAUGUGAAUGUCUUGAUGGUUUUGAACUAGUAGAUGAAAGCAGAAAAAAUACAAAGGAAGCGGCAUGCAAAAGAAAAGGUAAAUGCGACUGUGGAGUACGUUCAACUGGAUGUAAGAGGGAUGAGGACGGAAAAGCAAUCUGUGAUUGUUUUGAAGGUUAUGCGCAGUACAGAGACAUUUGUUUAGGUAACAUCUUUACAUUAGAAGUGAAUCAAUUUGAGUAAUGCAUGCAGCAA